UGCAGAGACUCGUUUCUUCUUCUCUCAGUUGAAUAAAAAAUUAGGGCUUUCUCCAGCUCUCCAAAGUUCCGAUCUUUGAUUCACCGGAAGGAAUCAAAAAAUGGUUCUUGGGAAGCGAACUCGUGAAUACUCAAAUGACUCCAACUCGGGUUGCUUGGAAAAACUCCUCACUGGCAAACCCAUCUCUCCGUCUCCCCUCAGGAGGAUGCAAGAAGACGACGUCUCCGGCAUGGAGGCGAUGCUCCGGAGGAGAAAACAGCCCAGGACAACGCCAGUGUCUUCCUCCUCUAAUAACAAGAUGGUCUGGACUAAAGACGACGAGCUCAUUAUCCUCGGGAGUAUUGUAGAUUAUGAGAAGGAAAUGAAGUUGAGUCAUAGAUCUGACUGGGAUGCAUUCUACGUAUACGUUAAGGAUUUUAUUGAAGCGGACUUCUCUAGGAAGCAGCUUACUGAUAAGAUUAGGAAGUUGAACAAGAGGUUUUUGGGUAACAAGGCGAGGUGUAACGACGAGGAAGGACCUUCCUUUACUAGUACCGAAGACGAUGAGAUCUUCAAGCUGUCGAUGAUCAUAUGGGAUACAGCAAAUGAAACAGAGUGUGCUUCUGAUGAGAAUGUGGACCAAGCUAAGGAUGUGCCUUGUGUGGAUCAUGAACGUGCUGAUGAGAAUGUUGACCAAGCAAAGGAUGCACCUAGUGUGGAGCAUGAACCAGUUAAUGAGAAUAUGGACCAAGCAAAGGUAGAUGUGCCUCACGUGGAGCAUGAUAGGGUUGAUGAGAAUAUAGAGCAGGCAAAGGUAGAUGCGCCUUACGUGGAUGAUGAACUGGUUGAUGUUGAUGAGUUGAAUAUGGAACAAGAAAAGGAUGCGCCUUCUGUGGAGCAUGAACGUGUUGUUGAUGAGAAUAUGGAACGAGAAAAGGUUCUUGAGUUGAAAAAGGAUGCGCCUUGUGUGGAGCAUGAGCAGGUUAAUAAUGCAGAUACGGACCAAGAAAUGGAUGUGCCUUGUGUGGAGCAUGAAGGAGUUAACGAGAACAUGAACCAAGAAGAGGCUAUUUCUCGCACUGAGGAUGAACCGGUGAGUAACGUAAGUAUAGAGACUGAUAAAGGAGAGAAAGAGAAGAGCGAGGAAGAGUUUUGUGCUCUGAAGGAUACACUGACUGAUAAAGAAAAUAACGAGGAAGAUGGUGUGGAUGAGUUUUGUGCUAUGAAGGAUAUACUAACUGAUAAAGAAAAAGAGAAAGAAAAUAACGAGGAAGAAGAUAGUGUGGAUGAGUAUUGUGCUCUGAAGGAUGCAUUUGAGGCGACGACAUUCUUUCAAAGUAUAGGUAAAUAUCAACAGAAGGUCCUGCUUGAGAAUCUGAAGAACCUUAGUGGUCCAAGAAGAAAAGAGCUAGCUGAUGAAUGCAAGGAGUUGAUUGACGAGGAGAUGAAACUGUGUGCCAAGAAACUCAGUUUUUCUACAAAGCUUGCUAGCGCAUGGGAGUCGUCUUGUUGAUGAUUUCAAGAAACAUCAAGUUUUGCUUCUUUUUUUUUACGGAACCUACAUGGUUCUUUGAUUUUUUUUUUUUUUUGAUGCUCAAGCCAAUCUUUUGAGCCUGCGUGGCUUGUAAUCGGUGACUCGUGUUAAUAUGUUUCUGAAAUGAAUCCAAAACGUAGUUGCA